AUGGCCUCACCACCCAUAGGAACCGGUUCAUCUCCUCGUCACUCACCCUUGGGUCAUGGUGGUGACCCAUGUCGGGUUCGUUCUCAGUCGCCUCCACCCCCUAAGACAGUCACCAAUCAGCAGAAUCAGCAUAAUUCAUCGACUUCUCAGACCCAGCUUUUGGCGAUAGACCAUCGGGCUCGACAGCAACUGGGACAAAAUUCCUCAAGUUCUCCUGUAGUGGAACGUCGGCAUAGGAACUUGAGUCCCAGACAACAGACGGCUACUUCGUCACAUAGUGCUUCUCCAGCGCUUUCGAAUAGCCCUAGUGAGUAUCUCUCUUUCCUUUGUUCCAACUGA